AUGAAUACUGAUGAUGUUUUACAACAAGAUGCUGUUGCUGGACCUCCCGCACCACUACUUCCCAUCCCGACUACCAGUAUGAAUCUGUUGAUGCACGAAUCUAGCUUGGCGUCGCGGCUCCUCUCGAUGAAAAAUGCCGAUCAUGCGACGUCGAACUCGGUCAGAACUGCAGGGCAGGCACCGGGCGGCCACGACGGUUCUUUGGUUCAUCU